ACAACCAAAUUAGAACGCCCUUCGCGGUGGUUGAAAAUCGAUGUGACAGUGAACAACAAGAAGGCUCACGUCCAGCUCUGCAGCGCCGUGGUAUACUGUUAUAAGUGACGCUCGCCUGCGUGUCGUGGAAAAGCUGCGAAGCCAAGCUUGCGUGGUCUGCAAAGAACUGGAGCCAAGAAGAAAAACAAGAACAAAAACAAACUUUCCAGCGUCUUUUCGUCGGAAGCAUCAUGUCCAGCGAAGAAGACUUGACUCCUCUCGUAGAGAAGGCAGUGCAAUGCAACGCGGAAGACCUCUGGGGACUCAGCCGGUUCUUGUGGGACAAUCCGGAACUGGCCCUGAGGGAGUUCAAGGCGCACGACCGGAUCUGCGACUUCCUGGAAGGCAGAGGCUUUGAGGUCCGAAGAAGGCACCUCCUGGACACCGCGUUCCGGGCCCAGUUUCAAGCUCCUGGAGGAGCCGAUGGUCCAACGGUCGCCAUCAUGGCGGAAUACGACGCACUGCCGGAGAUCGGCCACGCCUGCGGCCACAACUUGAUCGCCGAGGCCGCCGUGGGCGCUGCCGUAGCCUCCAUGGAAGUCAUGAAGAAGAGUUCCAUUUUUCGUGGCAAGAUCGUCGUAAUCGGCACGCCUGCAGAAGAGCAACUUGGCGGCAAGGAGAUGCUGCUCCAGAAGGGCGCCUUCCAGGACAUCGACGUCGCGAUGAUGGUUCACCCGAUGCACCAGGACACGCUCAGACUCACCGUCAACGCCUCGCAGCAGAUGACUGUGAGGUAUGAAGGCAGAGCUGCCCAUGCCGCCGCGUGUCCCUGGGAAGGAGUGAACGCACUAGACGCAGCUGUGGCGUCGUACGUCAACAUGGCCCUGCUGCGACAACAGACGAAGCCUUCCUGCCGAAUACACGGGAUCAUCACCGAGUCGGGGAGCUAUCCCAACAUCAUCCCAGAAGCCAGUAAGAUGAUGUACCACAUCCGGGGCCAAACGGUCGACGAAAUGAACCAGUUGGUAGCUCGAGCCGAAGACUGCUUUGAGGCGGCAGCGAAGGCGACCAACUGCACCUUGACCCUGACCAAAGACGUCGUCUACAUGGACGUUGUCCACAACAUGGCCCUUUCCAAAGUCUAUUUGAAGCACGGUCACAACCUUGGGGUGAAAUUCACGGACGUCGACCUCGGUUGCACCGAGGUCUGCGGAGCCUCGACGGACGCCGGAAACGUGUCGCACGUGGUGCCCCUCAUUCACCCGGUGUUCGCCAUCCCCACCGAGGGCAUCAACCACACGCCAGCGUUCGCCCGGGGCGCCAACUCGCCGCAGGCACAGCCGCCGACGCUACGCGCGGCCAAGAUCAUGGCGCUGACGGCACUGGAUCUGUUGAGGGAUCCCGCGUUGGUGUCCGAGGUCAAGGCGGAGUUUGACCAGUGGAAGAAUGGACGGGGGGAGAAGCUUGUCCGAACGAAGGCUCGGGUGAAUUGACGGCCAAAAUCCAGCUGCUUAGGCUCUUCAGCCCCACCACAGCUGCCCUGCUGUGUCGGGUCUUCCUUGCUGUCGGUGUUUCCACGCUUCUUACGAAAAAUAUUGACCUAAAGGUACAAGAAAACACCUCUUCCAAGACCUACAAGGGUCUGCCGGUGUGCAGGCUCUGCAAAUGCAGGAAAGAUAACACUCUUUAAGGAGUUGGCCCGCUUUCCUUGGAGCAUCGAAUCUUGGGUGCCUACAAUCAACAACCUCGCUGGGAGCUUUCGCCAUAAAUGUUGUUGCUUCAAAGUGGUGGUAUUUGUGCUGAACGCACGUGAUCGAAUCAAAUAAACAAAACG